UCCAUCAAAUCAUCAACACGAGCUUGUAAUGUUUCAACUAUAUCUGAUGAAAUAAACACAUGGGUUUCAUCCAGAUCCUGAAGGAUAAAUUUUCUACCGAGGGCCAGUGUUUCAUCUAAGUGGAGUAGGAACUGCUUCAUUGCUGGGUCACUGGAAAAUGUCCAAGAAAAGGGGAUUGAGCGCAGAUGAAAAGAGAUCUAGGAUGUUGGAAAUAUUCCAUCAGAGUAGAGAUUUCUACCAACUUAAGGAGUUAGAGAAAAUAGCCCCAAAAGAAAAAGGCAUUACAAUGCAGUCAGUUAAGGAAGUAGUGCAAAGUUUAGUGGAUGAUCAUCUGGUUGAUUCAGAAAAGAUUGGAACCUCGAUUUAUUUUUGGUCUUUUCCAAGCAAAGAAAAAAAUGCCAAAAAAAGGAAACUUAUAGAUUUACAAAAUGAUUUGGAUGAAACAGUUAGAAAGCUGAAGAAAACCGCCGAUUCUAUUACAUUGGAGUCUGUUGGCCGGGAACCAAGUGAAGAAAGGACACAAUUGUUAGCAAUGUUAGAUCAACUGACUAAAGAGGAAAAUGACAUCAUGAAGGAACUACAGAAAUACAGGGAUUCUGAUCCAGAAUAUAUAGAAAAAAUUAGGAAAGAAAUUGAAGAUCUUAAACAAGCAGUAAACAGAUGGACAGAAAAUAUUUACAUUCUCAAGUCAUACAUCAAGAAUACUUUUCAAAUGGACAAUGAAGCUAUCGAACAAAACUUUAAUAUCCCUCCAGAUAUGGAUUACAUAGAAUAA